UUUCAGAAGAGGUCGUUGUACUGUAGAGUUGUUUGAAUAAAUUAUGUCUGAAAGGGCGCUUGUGGAGUCGGAUGAGCAUUAUGAGGAGCCUUUACCUCCACACGAUGAAGAAGAUAGCCAGGUUGCAAGCAACGAAAUAAAUAUGGCUAUGAACGGCGGUAGCGAACAAAACACCAGACCUGAUACGACCACUGCGCAGGUUCUUUUUCCUGCGGGCUCUUCCCUCUCUUCGCAGGAUGUGGAGGAUGAAUUAUUGGGUGAUGAUGAUGACAGUGAUGACGAAGAAGUGGUUGUCACUAUUGGACAAAUUAAGCAAAACGUUCCGUUUUCUGCUGCGAAAGCAGCCGGAAGUAGCGUUGGUAAGCUUGAUAUAGAUGGAACUCCAACAAUCAAUGGGGAACCAAUAUACGACUUAGACUUGGCACAGAUGGAGGAGAGACCUUGGCGAAAACCUGGUGCCGAUAUUACGGAUUACUUCAAUUACGGAUUCUGUGAAGAAACAUGGAAUAUGUAUUGCGAGAGACAGAGAAAACUGAGAUCUGAAUAUGGUACGCAAGCUGCUGUUAACAAAGCUCUUUUCUCGAGUAUUACUCUUAUUACUCCAGUCUCGCAAAGUGCUACUUUAACAGGUGGCCGGCAGCUACAAACAAUCCCGAUUCUGGGACAAGAGAAAUCAUCAAUGGAUCUCAGCGGUUUCAAAUUAGAAGCAAAUCAACAGCCCAUAAUGCGCACUGUGUUAACUGGUGCAGCACCGAGAACAGUUGGUUCUGGUGGAACUUCCGGCACAUCUUUGUCUGUUUCUACAGUUAGUAUUCUGGAUGGCACUAGCGAUGGAGUUGUCGCUCCUCUGGUUCCAGAUAAUUCGGUCCCAUCCUUAACAACUGCUACCGCAUCAGGGACUCCAGAUUUCACGAAAGCUCCACCGGACUUCUCUAAACCACCACCAGUCAUCGAUAUCACAAAUGCUCCUAACAAAAAUAACGCACCGAUACCGACAGUCUCAGCUCUUCCCAAUUUACCGGUCUCGGCUAAUGAUGGUCCACCAGGGGUGGAUGAACCCGCGCCGCCUGGUUCGUCUACGCCGCCACCAAGUUUCAGUGAUAUGAAUUCACGACAUAUUCCUACGGUUGAUACUUCCAUACCACCGCCCGGGUUUAAUCCGAUGCUUCCACCACCAGGGAUUGGCGCACCACCGCCAGUAAGACUUGGAUUGCCAAAUACAAAUGUACCUCCACCUGGUUUCAGUGUACCUCCACCCAACUUUUCACAACCACCACUCAACUUCCCACCACCACGAUUCGGGGCUCCAACAACUCCGCUUUCGCGGCCUCCUCCACUAAUGUCUAGACCAACUUUCCCACCCCCUGGUUUGGAUCGUCGAGAACUUAAAGAUGAUGAUAAAGACCGGUCCGAUCGUGAUCGUUGUCGGGAACGUGAAAGAGAUCGUGAUUCAGGUGACAGUGGAGAAGAUGAUUAUAGCAGCAGUCGACGAAGGUAUCGGAGACGAUCCAGAUCGUACUCCCCACGGUCUUCAAGACGACAUCGUGAUGAUCGAGAUAGGGAUCGAGACACAGAAAGAUAUCGAGAAAAGGAUCGUGACAGAGAAUCGCGAUCCAGACGACACCGUUCACGAAGUAGUUCACCUUAUGAAAGUUCACGCAGCUCACGAAGGAAAGAAGACCGUGAUAAUAAAGAGAAGCGGAGAAAUAAAAAAGAUGAGUCCGGAGCUCGGGUGAAAGAAGAACUUCCAGAGGAGAAAGAUGAUGAUAAAAGAGAAGGAAGCGAAAGAAAAAAGGACGAUUCAGAGAGAAUUGAUCGGGACAAAGAUAAAGGCAAAGAUAGGGAUAGGAAAAGAAGACGUCACAGAAGUGAUGAUGAUAGCCCAGACAAACGAGAGAAAGAGAAGAAGACAAAAGUCAAGGAGGAUCCAUCGCUAUAGCCCAUCCACGGAAUCCACACUUUCUGCUAUGAUUGGUUGUGUAUUUUCCAUUAUAUGAUCUGAAUCUUGUUCAUCUAUGAUCUUCAAAAUUAGGAAACGUAUUAAAAAUUUUGGACGUUGAAUAGUGGCAAGAUUGAUUUUACUUCCAAGGGGAACCAUGAUUCAUGUAUUCAACUUUAUAUAUUUAACGUAAGUAACUGAGCUGAUGAAGCAGUUUUUUACACAGAGGCAUGUAUGGAGAGUAUUAUAUUGCAUUCAGAGGUCUCUACUUUUUCACAUUCAAAUGACGGGAAAGAAGACGGCGUG